AUGUCGGGCAGCGACGACGUGCUGUGCGUGGCGCUGCUGUUCUGCGCCACCUUCGGCGUGGGCUCCAUGAGCUUCGGCUCCAUCUUCGCGGCCGCGGGGCCCGUCCUGGCCGCCAUGGCCGUCUACUUCAUAUCAUCCUGCAAUCUCCACGCAAGUGUCGCUGUGAGCAAGUCGCUCAUGGUCGCCCCAGUGAACGUGCGGACCUUCAGUGAUCUCGGCUUCUUCGCCUUCGGGGAGACCGGACGCCGCGUGGUGCUGCUGUCCGAGUGGGGGGCGUGCUUCCUGAGCCCCAUCGCGUUCCUCAUUCUAGGUGGCACCGUCCUCCUGCCUUGCCUGUUUGAAGGCACCGUUGCAGGGGAGGAGUGGAGCCCCACGCACUGGAUCAUCUUCAUGAGUCUUGGUGUGCUGCCUGUGAUCCUGAUUCCGACGCUGAAAGCCGCCGCGCCGCUGGCAUACAUGGGUGGAAUAGCGGCAGUGCUCGCUGACGCGAUCUGCGUCGGCUACAGCCUCCAGAACAUCCCGCCUUCGCCGCGGGAGACGCAGAUCCAGACAGAUAACGCCGUGCAGACUUUCGGCACCAUCAUGUUCGCCACGGGCACGGCCAUUAUCAUCCCGCCCAUCCAACGGCAGCACACGGACCCGGCCCGGCUAGCGAACUUGGUCUCGCUGACGCUCCUCUUCAUCACGUCCAUUUACAUGCUCAUCGGUGUCGUGACGUACUACCAGUUCGGCUGCACGGCACCGGCUACGCUGCUGGAUCAACUACCGGAAGACAGCUCGGCGCGUAAACUUGCUUCAGCGCUGAUGCUGCUUCACGUCACGAUCGCGUUCCCCCUGCUGUUGAACCCCACGCUCUACGACAUGGAGCGCUACAUCCUUGGGAAGGACGCCGACCACGAGGUCCUCCAGAAGACGCUGAGUCUUCGAGCUGCUAAAGCUGCCGCUGGAUCCGGACCAAGCAAACCGAUUCUCGCUAACACUGGCGCCGUCGGCGCACUUGGCUCGCCUAAAGUCCCCACCAUUCCUACCAUCGAGGAAGAAGAAGGGUUCCUGUAUGGCGGCAAUACUCCGUACUUCCAAGCGACGUCGCCGCCUCCGAGUGAUAAUGGUGACCAUGGGCACAUAAGCGAGGCGUACACCGCCUCUGAUCGCCUCUGCAGCGGCUUGAUCCGUACGAUCACGGUGUGGCUGCAGGCCUUCCUAGCGAUCAUGUUUCAAGCGUCUUUCAUGGAUAUCUUGAGUUUCAUUGGGGCCACAACGGUGACGGUCUCAUGCAUGAUCAUGCCGUGCCUGUGCUACCUGCGCGUGCACCCGAUCGCCACGAACACCUUCAGAGGCAAGUGCGACCGCUUCGUGUGCCACUUGACCAUCGUCAGCAGCCUGGUGCUAGGCAUUUACUGUGCGGCCAUCGCUAUGGGCAACAUCAGUCGCGAUCUGGAGCACUUCCGCUUGUUCCAGGCCGCCGAAACUAACAUGGCUGCGAACGCCACGCUCGCCGACGAAUACCCCUACUGCCACGAAGGCGAGAGGAACUAG